AUGAAUUUGUAAGGUCAAUGUUAUUGGGAGAGUAGACGACGACGUUGGGAGAACACGUUUCGUCUAAAGACGCUCCUGGAUCCUGAACAAGAAUCAGGUAGAAAAAAACAGGGUUUGUAUAAAUUAAAAGUAUAUCAAAAAAAGCCGCGCAAAAAAACAACAAGUUUUUGACAACGAUAACGAUAUAAUAUGUUGUUGUUAGAAUUAUAUGGUAAUUUUAACGUGUUAUGUUUGUUGCUACAUUGAGUUCACAUUAACGCUUUGCGGAAUAAUUAAUUUUAAAGUACUUAAUUCGCAUUACGUUUUAAUGGGGUUUGGUUGGGGCAAAUUAAAACCGGAACUUUUCGGAGAGGGACAACACGCACGAAAAAAAAAUCCAACAUAAAAAGAGGACUGAGCCACUUCUGACCGCGCAGUCUGAACGAGAGGUACACGUGCACCUGCGAGAGUGCUUCUGUACCUAAAAGACUCUGAAUGUGAAGAACACAAGUUCAAAGUUUAUAAGAAUAAAAACUUACCUUAAGAAAAAUAAAUAAAUUUUUAGUUUGAAUUAAGAUGCCUCCAACUUUUCAAGUAAACGAAUUCUUAGCAACAAUUCUUUUAUUAAUAAUAUUAAUAUAUUUUUUAAAAAAAUUUACCACGAAUUAUUGGAAAUUAAAAGAUAUUCCACACGAACAUUCAUAUCCCCUCUUAGGAAACAUCCCCGAUAUAUUAAUUUCCAAUCAAACAGUACCCCAAUAUUUAUCAACACUUUAUAAAAAAUACCAAAAUCAACCGUAUUUUGGAAUUCAUUUACUCCACAAACCAGCUUUGGUUCUACGCGAUCCCGAAACGAUAAAGAACGUUUUAAUAAAAAAUUUUACAAAAUUUUCUGACCGAGGAUUCACAAAUGAUAAAAAAGCGGACCCUUUAACUUGCAGCAGCGUUUUUGCUGUUAAAAACCCCGAAUGGAAAGCGUUAAGAAUGAAAUUAUCGCCCAUUUUUACAUCGGGUAAAAUGAAAUUAAUGGUACCAUUAAUGAGAGAAUGUUCCGAUUCUAUGGUGCAAUAUUUAGAGAAAAAAACUUUACAAAAAACUGUUGAUGUGAAAGAUUUAAUCGGGAAAUAUACCACGGAUGUUAUUUCUUCUUGUACUUUCGGUUUAAAACCAACAAGUUUUGACAAUGAUGAAAAAGAAGCAACAUUGAGCGCGGUUGGAAAGAAGCUUUUCGAAAAGAGUUUAUUAAGAAAAAUGAGUGCUUUUUGUUACUUUUUAGCACCAGCUAUAGUUAAAAUAUUUAAAUUCAGUUUUUUGGAUCGUGAAGCUACAAUGUAUUUACAUCGAUUAUUUUGGGAUGUUUUGCAAGAACGCGAAAAGGGAAAUAUUAAAAGAAAUGAUUUAAUUGAUAUUUUAAUUGAGUUGAAAAAUCAAAAAGAUGAGAAUUCAAUUAAAUUCGAUGGUAUAACAAUAUCUUCUCAAGCUGUAUCAUUUUUCUCAGCUGGAUUUGAAACAACGAGUUCAACGAUGUCUUUCGCUUUAUAUGAAUUAGCCAUGAAUGUAAAUGUCCAAAAUACUUUACGUCAAGAAAUUAACGAAACCGAAGAAAAAUUCGGCGAAUUAACUUACGAUGUUAUACGGAACAUGAAAUACCUAGACAUGGUUUUUAAUGAAACAUUACGGAAAUAUACCCAAGCACCCUUUUUGGUUAGAGAAUGUAAAGAAGACUGUUUGUUAGAACCUUACAAAUUAAAAAUAGAUGCAGGGGUUCACGUUAUUAUUCCGAUUGCGGGGUUACAUUCCGAUGCUAAUUAUUAUAAAAACCCGGAUGUUUUCGACCCGGAAAGAUUUAACGAUGAAAGUAAGGGUGGAAUAAAUCCUUAUACUUAUUUACCAUUUGGAAGUGGACCAAGAAAUUGCAUUGGAGAACGAUUCGCCCAUCUCAGCGGAAAGAUGGGCUUAAUAAGUAUAGUCAAGAAUUUUGAAAUCCUCAAGUCGAGUACCACUCCAACUCGGUUAACGUUCGACCAUAAGGCACUAUUACUCGAAGCGGAAGGAGGAAUUCCGCUUAUUUUAAAAUAUAUUCACCAUAAUAUGAUGUAGUUUAAUAAUUUUAAUGAAAUCGAAAAAGAUUGGAGGUUUGUCUUAUUAUAUAAGUAAAAUAAAUCAGAUUUUUAAUUUAA